AUGGCACCAGGAGUACUUGCAGGCUCCGCCGUCAGCGACACGACACUACCCAGCAAUGUCCCAGAGACGCAACAAACACCAGCCAACCAGGAGUCCAAACAACUGUUCUCCCUUGCAGGCACUACCACGGUAGUCACUGGAGGCGGACGAGGCCUCGGCAUAACCCUUGCCAAAGCCAUCGUUGAAGCCGGAGGUCACGCUGCUUGUCUUGACGUACUCCCGGAACCAUCGAAGGAGGAAUGGGCUGGUUUGGAGAAGCUUGCGAAGCAGUCGGGGCUCACCGUCUCCUAUUACCGAUGCGACAUCACGAAAGAAGAGGAGCUGUCGAAGGUAUUCCAGGACGUGGAUGAGAAGGCGCAACAACUCAAUGCUCCGUUGAAGGGCACCGUAGCAUGCGCCGGUAUCCAACAGAAAGUGCCCGCCUUGGAAUAUCCCGCGGAGGAUUUUGAGCGAAUGUUGCGAGUAAACGUGACUGGAUCAUUUUUGACAGCCAAGCACGCUGCCAGAGUCAUGGUCAAGCACCGCACCGGUGGGAGCAUCGUCCUGAUUGCAUCCAUGUCGGGAAACAUUGCCAAUAGGGGCCUCACAUGCACCGCAUACAAUUCCAGCAAGGCGGCGGUGCAGCAAGUGUGUCGAUCGGUCGCCCAGGAAUGGGGACAGUACGGGAUCCGAGUCAAUACCUUGUCGCCCGGUUAUAUCCGUACCGCCAUGACGGACGCUCUCCUACAAGCCGAACCCGAGGUCGAAAAGACAUGGAUGGCUGGCGCGCUUUUGGGACGACUGGGAGCACCAGAAGAUUUUAAAGCUCCUAUUAUCUUCCUCUUGGGUCCCGGUAGCAGUUGGAUGACUGGAGCUGAUCUCAGAGUGGACGGAGGACAUUGUGCUUCCGCGUAG